GACUCUUCCUGGUGUCCAUCGAGGGAGUGAACGAACGACUUUUUUUUUUGUUGCUUCUGAACGUCCACCCUCGUCCACCACCAUCGCAUCGAUAGCCUCCAAGCACUUUUGAGCCCAAACCCAAACCCAAACCGCAGUCGGUCGCUCGGAGCUUCCGAGACAAUCGACAAACAACCAUAUUGCUUACUGAGACUCAGCUCGGAAUCUCUGACACGAACGAACGAACACGCUUCGUCAUCGCGCGUCAACGAACCGACCAACAGACUCUUCCUUUUCCUUUUGACCUCUUGACUUCGAACGAGACCGGUGCAUACUAUUGCUGCUUCAGGCGCUUUCUGAAUCCUACGAGAAGACGAUCAACGAACGCCCCCUUUCUUUCUUGACACCGACGCAUCCCCAUACAUACAUCACAUCCGUAACAGAACAAGACAAGAUCAUAUCAUGGACUCAGACAUGGACUUUGACUCUGGGCCGUCCGCGCACCAGGUGUUCCAGGAGGCGUUCGAGGAGCAGCAGAGGCAGCCUGUGAUUGGUCGUGUUGUCGAUGGCGAACGAAAGAUGCUAGAUCUCGUCUUCGUCCAAGACUGCACAGGCUCCCAAGGCUCCUACAUCUCCUCCGCGACGAAAAACAUCGAGCUCAUCUGCGAGAACAUCUUCGAAUCUGGCAAGCUCCAAUCGCGCGAGGACCUCCGGGUCGGCCUCGUCGCCUACCGCGACCACCCGCCACAGGACCACUCCUACGUCACCAAGAACUUUGGCUUCUCGUCCGAUAUCAGUAAAGUGCAUCGCGACCUCUCCAGCCUUUAUGCGAGCGGCGGAGGGGAUGGACCGGAGGCGGUCACGGCGGGACUGAUGGAGGCGUUGGGGAUGGAGUGGAGGCCUGAGGCGAGUAAGAUGAUUGUGCUUAUUGCGGAUGCGCCGCCGCAUGGGAUUGGGGAGUAUGGCGAUGGGUUCGACGAUGGCUCGCCGGAUGGGUACGAUCCUUUACAACUGGCACGAGAAAUGGCUGCACAGGGGAUUACGCUUUUCUUCGUCGCCUGCGAACCUGCACUCAGCAACUACUCGUUCGCAACCGACUUCUUCACCGCCCUGACCCAAAUCACAUCCGGCAUCAUGCUCCCACUAACGACCGCCGACCUACUCGCACACGCGAUCGUCGGCCUCGUGCUCGAGAACCUCGACAUGGAGCGGCUCGUGCGCGAAGUCGGCCAGGCCGUCGCGCAGCGGAUAUUGGGCAACAACGAGAGCGUGGACGACGUCGCGCGCGAGCUGCACGAGAAGCUCCUGCUCCGGAACGAGAGCACGAAGAAGGUCGUGAUCGAGAGUAUCUAUAAGGAGUCGGAGGAGGCGAAGCAUAACGUACAGGUGUUCGCGCAGUCGGCGAGUCUGGCGGAGGCGAGAGGUCAUCUUCGAAGGGUCCCCGGCACGAGGUUCACGGACAAAUACCUUUCCGUCCGCAUGAGCCAAUCCAGGAGCACGUACUCCUACCGUUCCUCCGACAGCAAAUCCUCCGCGUCCACCUCGUCCGUCAAACAUCCCAUCUCCCCGCCACAGUCCCCCCCACGCAAGGUCGUGACCGACUUCGCGGCCUUCGGCGCACCGAAGACGGCCUCUGUGUUCGGGACCGCCGUCGCCUCCACGCCGUUCUCGCUCGCGGGGAACAAGGCCGCGUUUGGGAGUAUUAGGAAUACGACCGGGAGGGGGAUGUUGGAUGAUGAUGACGAUGAUGAUGAGGAGGACGGGGAGGUGGAUGAUGAUGGGAGGCAGAAGGUGAUGUUGGCGGAGGGGUCGAUCACGUUGGAACAGGCUCGUCGUAUCGCGAUGCAGAGCGCAUGGAGAAGCACCCGGGCGUGAUACAGUCUGUCUGGCUUCGUCUCUACUCUGCUCAAAUCCGCCAGUCUUCUGUCCCAGUUCUGAGUCGAUUUUCCUAUCAAGUUCUAUCUCGGAAUCUUGCGUUCGCAUCACACAAACCUCUUCCUUCCUUUCGCUUUUUUUGGCUAUACAUAAUGUGUCGCUCGCCCGCACCGCACGUCCCACUUGCCACAUAAUCUUAAUCUCACUGGACCCCCAUUUGAUUACCCCCACCAGUCCUAUCCACCGCACGUUGUCUUUCAAGCUCAUCAUCUUUCCUUCUCUCCUUCCUUGCUUUCCCUUUCUUUCGUUACAACAGUUGCUCGCUUGAUUCGUCACAACGACGGCAAACAUGUUUGGUUUUGUAUGAUAAUCCACUGGAAUCCAGAAG